AUGGGGUCAACUAUUAUGGCAGCGGCUAUGUAUCUUGAGUCCAGCGGUAGUAUCAUGCAGUCUCACACAUCGUACCUGAAGAAUUGUGACGCCAUGUAUAUGGCCCAUAAGCCGGCUGUUGGAAAGACUUCAUUGGUUUUCAAGGUAACAUUGCGGGGGUCUAUCAUCAGUGCCAUGGGUUUCUUUGAAGUUCAUCUUAGAUUCGUAUUAUAA